UGAUUGGCAGGCGGGGCGGGGGGAGAGGAGGGCUCGCAGGAGCUGAUAUGUCCGCCAUCUUGGAGCGUCGGUGAUGGUGGCGAGCGGUGGCUUUCCCGCCUGAGCGGAGGCAGCCCGGGGCCUGUGGCGGGGGGACGCGCUUGCCGAGAGAGGAGCAGUCGGAGCCAGUAAACCAUCAGUGCUGCUAAGGGGAAGGCCAUUCCUGAAACCAAGCUCUCUACUACGGUGGACUCUGAGAAUGGAGUGAAAAGGUCCUGACUGACCAGAGCAGGCUUCCUGUGGAACAGGCUUCCCAGGGAAGAAAUCUGCUUCAUCUUAAUCUAAUUCAGUCCUGCUAAUCUGCUAAUACUGUAGAUUGAAAGAUUUUUUGCUGUUGCCAGGAUACCCUGUAAUGGGCAAGGAGCCUCAGAGAAUACAAAUCGUUCUGUUUUUUUUAACUUUUUAAAAACUUUUGUGUUUAACAGGACCUGGGCUCCUGUUGAAAAAUGAUGGAGUAAUCUCUGGCCGGCACCUGACAUGUUGAGCAUCCCCUAAAAGAGCUUGCCUGGGAGAAUUUGUGAAAUAACGCUGUAACAUGUUUGCAGUAACCAGCAUGUUUUGGAAAUUUGAUCUCCAUUCGUCAUCCCACAUAGAUACGCUUCUAGAGAGAGAAGAUGUAACACUGAAGGAAUUGAUGGAUGAAGAAGAUGUUCUGCAAGAGUGCAAGGCUCAGAAUCGCAAACUUAUAGAAUUUCUGUUGAAGUCAGAAUGUUUGGAAGAUUUAGUUUCAUUUAUUAUAGAAGAACCACCUCAAGACAUGGAUGAAAAAAUUCGAUACAAAUAUCCCAACAUAUCCUGUGAGCUGCUUACGUCAGAUGUCUCACAGAUCAAUGAUAGGCUGGGAGAAGAAGAAUCCUUACUUGUGAAACUGUACAGCUUCCUCUUAAAUGAAUCUCCUCUAAACCCUUUACUGGCCAGUUUCUUCAGCAAGGUGCUAAGUAUUCUUAUAAGCAGAAAACCAGAACAGAUUGUGGAUUUUUUAAAGAAGAAACAUGAUUUUGUAGACCUCAUUAUUAAGCACAUAGGGACCUCUGCUAUCAUGGACUUGUUGCUCAGGCUACUGACUUGCAUAGAACCUCCACAACCCAGGCAAGAAGUGUUAAAUUGGCUAAAUGAGGAGAGAAUUAUCCAGCGGCUUGUGGAAAUUGUACAUCCGUCUCAAGAUGAAGAUAGGCAUUCAAAUGCAUCGCAGUCACUCUGUGAAAUUAUUCGUCUAAGCAGAGACCAGAUGUUACAAGUACAGAACAGUACAGAACCAGAUCCACUGCUUGCAAGUCUAGAAAAGCAAGAAAUCAUAGAGCAGCUGCUGUCUAAUAUUUUUCAUAAAGAAAAAAAUGAAUCUGCAAUAGUCAGUGCAAUCCAAAUAUUGCUGACUUUACUUGAGACAAGGCGACCGACAUUUGAAGGCCAUAUAGAGAUCUGUCCUCCAGGCAUGAGCCAUUCGACAUAUUCGGUCAAUAAAAGUGUUUUAGAAGCCAUAAAAGCACGACUUUCAUCCUUCCAUGAACUCCUACUUGAGCCUCCAAAAAAAAGUGUCAUGAAGACAACAUGGGGUGUAUUGGAUCCACCUGUGGGGAACACACGUUUAAAUGUGAUCAGAUUAAUAUCUAGCCUAUUACAAACGAAUACAAGCAGUGUGAAUCAGGAGCUUAUAGAGCUUAACAGCAUAGGAGUUAUACUGGACAUGUUCUUCAAAUAUACGUGGAAUAAUUUUUUGCAUACUCAAGUGGAAAUCUGUAUUGCAUUGAUUCUUGCAAGUCCUUUUGAAAGCACAGAAAAUGGCACAAUUACAGAUCAGGAUUCCACUGGGGACAAUCUUUUACUGAAACAUCUCUUCCUUAAGUGCCAAUUAGUAGAACGAAUACUUGAAGCAUGGGAGAUGAAUGAAAAGAAACAGGCUGAAGGAGGAAGGCGGCAUGGCUAUAUGGGUCAUUUAACAAGGAUAGCAAACUGUAUUGUGCAUAGUACUGACAAGGGGCCAAACAGUGCACUAGUCCAGCAGCUUAUUAAAGAGCUUCCGGAAGAGGUCAGAGAGCGAUGGGAGACAUUCUGCACAAGCUCUUUAGGAGAAACUAAUAAAAGGAAUACAGUGGACCUGGUUACUACCUGCCACAUUCAUUCGUCCAGCGAUGAUGAGAUUGACUUUAAGGAAACCGGCUUCUCGCAAGACUCUUCCUUGCAGCAGGCCUUUUCUGAUUAUCAGAUGCAACAAAUGACGUCCAAUUUUAUUGACCAGUUUGGCUUCAACGAUGAGAAGUUUGCUGAUCAAGAUGACAUCGGCAAUGUUUCUUUUGAUCGCGUGUCAGAUAUCAACUUUACCCUCAAUACAAAUGAAAGCGGUAAUAUAGCCUUGUUUGAGGCAUGCUGUAAGGAGCGGAUACAGCAAUUUGAUGAUGGUGGCUCUGAUGAAGAAGAUAUCUGGGAAGAAAAACAUAUUGCAUUUACGCCAGAAUCCCAGAGGCGUUCCAGUUCGGGCAGUACGGACAGUGAAGAAAGUACAGACUCUGAAGAAGAGGAUGGAACGAAACAAGACUUGUUUGAAUCGCAUACCAAUACAGAGGACAAAAUGGAAGUAGACUUAAAUGAACCACCAAACUGGUCAGCUAACUUUGACGUACCCAUGGAGACUGCGCAUGGUGCCAAUCUGGAUUCCGUUGGGUCUGAUGUGUGGAGUACGGAAGAACCUAUGCCAGCAAAAGAAACUGGCUGGGCAUCCUUUUCGGAGUUCACAUCUCUGAGUUCAAAAGACUCCUUAAGAAGUAAUUCUCCUGUGGAAAUGGAAACUAAUGCAGAGCCCAUGGAUCCCUUGAGUGCAAAUGUAACUGCUCUUGCAACACAGCUGGAGACCCCGGGAAGUGUUGCUAUGGAGGCCAGCUCAGAUGGAGAGGAUGAUGCAGAAAAUGCAGACAAGGUAACUGAAACAGUAAUGAAUGGCAGCAUGAAGGAGACACUGAGCCUUACUGUAGAUGCUAAAACUGAAACAGCUGUCUUCAAAAGUGAGGAAGGAAAACUGUCUACCUCGCAGGAUGCUUCUUGUAAAUAUGUGGUGGAAGAGAACGCAGAGGUUGCGGAAGAGGCUCCUUCUACUCUACAACCUGCUAGCAGUAGUCCAGAGCAGAGGACUGAUCAACGCACCCUUUUAGGAGAGACUUCUGUUAAUGGCCCUGUAUGAUAUGUGAUGUCUACUGCUGUUGGCUGAAGAAAAUGAACUGAUAUCCAGGGGUUUGAGUGUUUCUUGAGGAUUUCAUCUAGAGCCUGUUGAAGCCAGUCACUGCUGCACUAAUUUCGCAAGGGAUCAGGACCAGCAACAUUUAUAUUCUAGAUUUUAAGACAUUGUACAGAAAUUCAUAAGUGUAAAAAUAUUGCACAUUGAGAAAUACCAAUAAUUUUUGCGUAUGUUUAUAUUGUAUUGUUCUAAAUAAUGGGUGGCCUGUGAAAUAAGAUCUUGCCACCCAUGUAAUGACAGUAGUGUUACUAUAGUUAAAAUGGCUGUAAGAAUAGUUUUAUAAAAAAAAAAAAAAGUGAAUACACAAAUCUAAUGUAUUUGAGACAUAACUAUUUGACAAUUAGUGUGACCAAAGUAUUUAGCAGUUUUCAUACAUUUUUCACCGUGUAAAAAGAAAAAAAGAAAAAAACUGAAUUCAUGUUUCUUCCAGGUUGGCGAAGAAUUGUAGAACUGAAAUGCCCUAUAAUUGUUAUUUUGGUUGUUUUAGCUUACAAAAGUGAUUUAAAUAAGAAUUUUUGGUGUUCAACAUUUUACAACAGGUUUUUUAAUUGGUAAUUGUUUUCUGUAUUGUUUAAAACAGAUCAAAAAUGUAAGUCUAUUGGUAGAGAUUUUAAGUAUUUAUUGCUACAACUUAGUUGACAAAUUGAUGUUACUGUAAAGCCAUAUGUUCUGUUAAGUCUUGUUUGCUUGAAACAAUACCUUACAGGUGAAACACUAGAAUAUUUGAAGUGCACAUGGCUUGUUGUGUUUUUUAAGUGAUUCACCUGCCUUUUAACCCAUUCACCAAGAUUUACUUUAAUACCAAGCAUUAUACAACGGAACAUUUCAGAACAAUCCGCGUAUUUAAAACGCUGUAAUCCUCUUAGACAAGUCAAGUAAAUGAAAUGCCCGUGCUGCUAAUGUAAUUACAGUACAUGCAUUUUAAAAGUAUAUAGUGUUUUUUUAAUACAAAUUUUGGCAGCAGAGCAUGUUAAUUGUUACUUUCACUGUACUGAUCUGUGUGAGGCUUUCAUUUGUAUGUUCUGAACCAGUUUUUUCACAGCUGGUUUGUGUAUAUAUAUAUAGUGAUUAUGGAAACUAAUUCUGUGUAAUUUAUAAUUUUCUAUGUCAGUGUAAAAUUCCAACAGCCUUCUCAAACAAACAGAAGCAAUAUACUGUAUAUUGCCACAUUGUCUGGUGAAAGGGUUAAAGUACUUCACCUCCUGCACUUUUAGAUGCAAAUCCAUUUUUAUUUCUGUAAUAGUUAUAUUCAUUUAUUUUUACAUCAUUUGUUUUCCUGACCAGUAUUUAAAGCCAAAAGGAUACUCUAAACAAUGGCCAAUGAUUUAUUUUAGAAAGUGUCCCAAGCAACGUGCCUAAACAUUACAUUGCGUACAGAAAUAAAAAAACAAAUGUAUAAUUGCAUUGCCCUUAUUCUUCCUGUCUUGCAUUUCCUUCAGCAGGCUUUGUUGGGAUUUGUCACUGCAAGCUGUUAUAAACCGAUCAGUUGUGUGAAAACGGAGGAAGAAAACAAGAGGCAACUAUGGUUACUCUUUUAUUUGUGCAUAAGUAAUGGCAUCCAUUGAGUUUGCAAAUUGUUCCUUCUUGAAAUCGGAAUUACUCCCAGAUCAGCUCUGCCAAAAAUACUUGCGUUAGCGUUGAGUAUUUUGAUGCACUGCUAAAGAUAGCAAGGUUGGCAGCUGUCCUCCUGCUGUUUUCUGGUCUGCUGUUGAACAAGCUGUUUUGGAGCUGCCCAGACCCCUUCACUCCUCUUGGCAGCGAGUUGGAAUCCAGGUGGGAAUUGCAAAGACCGAGCCCUGUUGCCUGCAGUUUGGCAAAGUCUCUUAAGGUUUAUCAUUAUGUUUUUUUCCUGUUUGUGGACUGUAGCAUCAGCCCACUACCCAGUUCGUGCUGGCGCUCAAGAAUGAGAAAGGGCAGUAUGUUGUCCCCCUUUCCUCCAUUCCUGAGCUGUAAUGUCAGCUGAGUGGCGAUGGGUGAAGUGUUAAGUGGAGCUUCUUCUUCCAUGCAGUUUGUCUUUUGCUUCAAUGGUGCAAACCGGAGGUUUGCAGUGGUGCAAAUGGAGGCAAACUGGGCUGCCCCACUUAAUGCUGAUUCCAGCAGUCUCGAGGGUUUGUCCUAGCUACUUCAUUUGUUGAGAGCUUUAACAGCACAUGCAGGAUGUGAGGUAAGCCUGGGAUUAACCUGGGUUUAAUGUGUGUGAGCUUGUUCUGAGAGGCUCUGUGAUAUGGUUUGCACACAAACUGCAAAGACUUAGGGGUUUUGUAUUGCCUGUACAGUGAAUCCUGAACUUGAAGGGAAAGCUUUGGUGGGGGAAGGGGAUGCCCGGACAUGCACACAUACAAUUUUUUCCAGCACUUUGUGCUGCUCACGUAGGCUUGGGAAGGUUUGGAGGUAUUUGGAGAAUCCCUCUGAAUGGUGGUGUUACCCACCCUGUUUAAUCAAAUCCAGUUUACUCACAGUGGAACUUGUCUCUUUACUAAAUGUUAUUUUAAUGCAGUUGUAAGAUGGACAAAACUCUAAUAUCUUUGCACAGAUUUGAGUUCCUGUAGCAUAUUUAGCUGCAGUUGGGAAUAAAUAAGCUCACUCUGUUGGCACUGAAAUGCAUGUGUUAGAAUAUUUCAGAUGCUCUUAGAAAAGGCUAGAGGGUCAGUCACUCUAAACUGAGGAAUAUUGAUUUCAGUUGAUGUCCAAGGUGGUGAUGGAUUUAACCCUCUGGGAAUUCUCUGGUAAAGGGUUUUUACUUAAGCAGGAGUGUGUUGCAAAAGUAGCCAGACCAGCAGUAACUGCCUCCCCUCUCAGAUCUGUGUCCCUGUUAAAUAGGAGAGGGUGAAUCUUGCUUUGUUGACCAGUUGCACCAGUGCAAACCCUUCUCCCCACCCACCUCCCCUUUUUAAGUGUAUGCCUUGUACAAGAUUUCAUAGCAGAACUAUUCUGUUUAAUUAAAGUGUAAGUUUCUGACUUGA